ACCUGCCCUCCUUCCGCCUCACAACUCACAACAGCAGCUUGCACCAGCAGCUUGCACCAGCAGCCCAGAUCCAAAUACGCCUCCCUUCCCUCGCAGCCCUUCCUUUUGGACUGCAUCGUUCGUUUCACCUGUUCUUCUGGCCGCAGCUCGUGCGUGCAUCCCUCCAGCGCAUCAAUUGAGUUUGUUUGAUUGACUCGAACAGAGUCGCUGCUGGCCUGCACCGGAGCCGAGUCGCCCGCUUCGUCCUUCCCAACUCUUGUCACUUGCCCCCCUCGUUCAACUCGUCCGUGGCUGCUUCCCCAUUACUUCUUUCCCCACGGCGUGACCGUACCUUUGAGACCCGAUAAUACCACCUGCCAUCGUCAGCAGCCCCAUAUCUUUUCUUCUUUGUCCGUGCUGGUAGAGCCCGCGCCCUCGCAUCCCCCGCCACGCCGAUCUAGACGCUGUCAAGCUGUCUCCAUUCUGCAUCGCCACCACCAGAGAUACGUACGGAGUACGUGGGUGUCGAGAUCCACAUCUUUUAUUCCUCCCCUAGGCUUGCGCCCCGGAUUGUCACGCCGAGACCCUCAGGCUCCACAUUCUUGGCUUUGCUCUGGUCCCACGGGGUCUUGCAACUCGAUUGUCUAAGACAACUUCCUAAAAUCUCCUUGCUCGUCACUCCCAUACUUCAGUCCGUUCCCUCCCAAACUCGCGUCCACCCAACAUCAUCAUAAUCCCAGGCCCCCCAAUCGCACGGGAGGAAAGAACGGGGUCCCCCGCCUGGUUCCUACUAAAUGCCUCCCCUUUCCCCCCGAUCUCCAACCAAGAUGGGUUUCAUGCCCCUCAGCGGCCGCAACGACCCCUCAGACUCCAUGGGCGAGGGCGAUAUCCCCCUGAGACCUGUUCAGACGGCAGGUUCCACUGGCGCUAGGAGGCAGAACCAAACACUAGACGACAUGGAACUCGAGCAGACUUCCUCGGCCGAGGAGAAGAAAACCGGCCUGUUCCACCGCAAGUCCAAGAACGAGGGCCCAGGACCUGCCGGCAGGAGGAAGAAUGUCAAGGCUCUUGGAGACACCGGCAGGAAGGGCACCUACGGCGAGGAGGGCGGCCUGAACGCCAUGGGUCGCAUCUACAACAAGAUCGUCGGAUUCUCCGUCAUCACACGAUACCUCGUCUAUAUCGCACCUGUUGCCCUCUUUCUAGCUGUGCCACUUAUCGUUAUUCCAAUUACCGGCCACUACGACGACACCCGCGUCGGCGGCUCUCGGCAAGACAAUGCACCCCGGCUCUUCGACCUGUUCUUGUGGAUCGAGAUAUCCUGGCUUACGCUCUGGGGUGGCAAGAUCGUUGCACACUUCCUCCCUCCUAUCUUCAUGUUCUUUUGUGGGGUCGUCUCUUCGGGCACGCGAAAAUAUGCUACUGUUCUCAAGAACUUGGAGAUUCCGUUCUCCCUUCUUCUUUGGGCACUGGCUUCCUGGCUCGUGUUUAGAUUCAAGUUCCAGAUCAACAAUGGUGACGACCUUCAGUGGGUCUACGUCAUGGCACGGAUCCUGGGCUCGCUUUUUGUGUCGUCCUGCGUUCUGCUCGGCGAGAAGGCCAUCAUACAGCUUAUAAGCAUUACAUACCACCAGCGCUCAUUCGCCAACAGGAUCAAGGACUCGAAACGCGAGGUCUUCCUGCUCGGCCUCAUGUAUGACGCUUCCAGGACGCUCUUUCCCAUGUGGUGCCAGGAAUUCGCCGAAGAGGACUAUAUUAUCAACGAUAGUAUCGAGAUGAUGAUCUCGGGUGGCAAAAAGCGCCGAGCUCGUGGCCACAAGAAGUCCGGAUCCGUCACGCCCAUGCAUUUCAUUGGUGGGGCCGCUGGAGGAAUCGGGCGGGUAGGCGACAAGAUAACAUCUGUCUUUGGAAAUCUCGCCUCAGAGAUCACCGGCAAGCAGGUCUUCAACCCUAAUUCCGCCCAUUCAAUCGUUGUCGAGGCGCUGGAGAAGGUCCCAACCUCUGAAGCUCUGGCUCGUCGUAUUUGGAUGUCCUUUGUGGUAGAGGGCAACGAUUCUCUCUAUGCAGAAGACAUCGUUGAGGUCCUUGGACCAGGGCAUAAGGAAGACGCCGAGGAGUGUUUUGAGGCCGUUGACGCGGAUAUGAAUGGCGACAUCAGCCUCGAUGAGAUGGUGCGCAAAGUUGUUGAGAUUGGGAAGGAGAGGAAGGCGAUAUCCAACAGCAUGAAGGACAUUGGUCAGGCUCUUCGCGUACUCGACUCGGUCCUGCUGUUUGUUGUGAUCCUGAUCGUCGUAUUUAUCUUCUUAUCCUUUUUUAACAGCUCAUUUGUCACCACACUAGCUAGCGCAGGCACAGCCCUCCUCUCGCUUUCAUUUGCCUUCUCCGUCACAUGUCAGGAAUUCCUGGGUUCUUGCAUCUUUCUCUUUAUUAAGCAUCCUUACGAUGUGGGCGAUAGGAUUGAUGUCAGCGGCGAGCAAAUGGUUGUUGAGAAAAUCUCAUUACUCUACACAGUGCUCACUCGCAUCGAUAAGAUGCAGGUUGUACAGAUUCCGAACAUCGUUCUGAACAAUCUCUGGAUAGAAAAUGUGACGCGCAGCAAAGCCAUGAAGGAAGUCAUCGAAGUCAACAUCUCUUUCGACACAUCCUUCGAGGAUGUUGAACUUCUCCGCACGGAGAUGGAGAAAUUCGUGCGGCACGCCGACAACUCGCGAGAUUUCCAGCCAGACCUGGCUAUUGGCGUGGGCAGCGUGGGAGACUGCGACAAGCUCACGCUCAAGCUUGCUAUCAAGCAUAAAUCCAACUGGCACAACGACGCGGUCCGCGCAACUAGGAGAUCAAAGUUUAUCUGUGCCCUCGCCCUCGCCCUCAAAAAGGUCCCCAUCUACGGCCCAGGUGGAGGUGGUGAGGUGCUGGGUGGGCCGAACAACCCAACCUACUCGGUUGCCGUUGGCGACGAUUUUGCUGUCAAAGCUCGUACCAAGGCCGAGGAAGCUGCUGAUGCCCUGCGUAUGAUGCCGCUUAAGCCCAAGCGGGGCGCCUCGAAGAUUCAGCACAUGACUGAGAAGCAGGCGGCUGCAGAGCUGAACACGCGUCCGCCGCUCGAGGGCCUCGACUCCAACUACGCAUCCAAUCGUGACGUGGUGGAUGAGCGUACCGAGUCGGCAACGCUGAACUCUAGAGACGCUUCGGCGGAGCGAAAUCGGUCCGACAACCUCGAACAGAUACGUCAAGAUUUAGUCAAGCGGGAGAACACGCGCGGGCGAAGGAAGGCGGGCGAAGGCGUCCCUGGUGUGCCGCUUAGCUCGAUGAGCCCCGGCUUGACAGUAACACAGUACGACAACGACGGCAACGUCAUAGUGGGCGGGCAUCGCCAGAUGUCGUAUGACGUCGUGCCGGGUCAGGGGGGCAUGGGCAGCCCCUAUGGAGGGGUUGGAGUGGCUAGCUCGCCUGGCUACGGCGCUGUCCCCAAUGUGUCGCCGGGUAUAGCUGCCGCAGCGGCUCAGAGUUAUUCACUCUACCCUACGAUCACUUAUUCACCGUCCGGGCCGGGACAGGAUCCUGACGAGCAAAUGACGCUGCCAGGACAGGCCAUGACCACUCAGGCAGGACCAUCAAUUCCGGAGGGACGGGUCCUUGCCUCCCCGCCGACACAUGGCGCCCGCCAGCGGGGUGCUAGCGUUUCCCAGGCUCUCGAGGAUAGGGAGAGAGAGGAGCAGGCGCGAAGGCAGCAAGGUCAGGGUGGCCAGGGACGGCAGUACACGAAAUAAGGGACAGUUGCGGAGAUCGAUUGCAUAGCCAUGGGCCUCAAAGUUUUAAUGAUGGGAUGACUCCACGGGUUGAAAGAGAUAAAGGGCCAAUGGCAAGGCGGACCAUUCGGAAGGGGAGGCUGUAGGGUAGGAGACAGGUAAGGGCGAUUGUGAUGCCGAUGGGGAUUUGUACAGCAGCUAGGGGUAAUGGACACGGGCGAUUUGUGAAAAGAAAACUGCAUUUGCACAAGAUGUAGACAGUCUGGAUGGGCUGGUCCACGGGUUGGAGGACCUCAACAGAGAGCGAACAGGCUACUUCGCCGUUUCAUACAACGAAAAUGAGUUGUUGAUUCAGCUUAGAACAAGGGUAUAUAUAAUACAAGCAAGAUACUACAGA